AAGGAGAAUAUUUUGAGGCACUAGCUGGUUUUUGACCUUGAACUUUGUUUGGAAUAAUGUCUAUGAUUGGUUACGAUGUUCCAUGUUUAUUCUAACAGUGCAUUUUAUUGGUGCAUUUUAUCAACUCCCUCAAGUACAGCAAGCGUACCUCACUAUUUUCGACUUUCGACUUUCGAGAUACUAGUAUCGUUAACAUUUACCGCACGCAAUUUCUUCUGAAAAUGGAUAGAGAUUGUUUUCUAGAAGCCCAAGAGGCAAUGAACAGCAACAACAAAGAAGCUCUGUUGCUUCUGUACAACGAGCUACGCGGGCAGUUGAAUUCAAAGCCAAGAUGUUCAUCUUACUUGCUUCGAUCAAAACUGGGCAAUUCACUGUACCGGCAUAUUGUCGCUGAGACAUAUAUUCCAAGCAGUAUGAAAUCGCAGGGAAAGAUCUACACUGCAAUCAGAUCUCAAGCAUCAGGGAAUUGUCUUUACAGCUCAGUAUCUUUGCUGCUUGUAGGAGACAACAGCUUAACAUGUAAACCCUCGCUUGGCAAAUGAAGCAAUUGUGAAGGAUGUUGCUGUUCACAUAUUAUUCUGCUAUGAAGGCAAGGUUAAGUCUGGCGAGAGCUUUUUGCCAAACCAUUAUGUUCCUCUUCUUUGCUCAACAAAAA